AUGGACAUUCCCACGUCUGAGCAUGGCGUCGAAGGCCUUGAGUUCAUCGACUUCGAACCGCAAGCCGCACAAAACAUCUACAAACGAUUCCCACCUAAAGGCGAAGAAUUCAUCUACGAUAUCCUCGACUAUGCCACCGGUGAGACGUAUCGACUAAGCCGAGAGCCAAUUGGCAAAAUUCCUCCAGAAGAAGCAAUGAAAGUAUUAGGCCUCAACAAAGAAUACCGAGAUGCUAUUCUCGAUCCUGAAUACAAAAGUGUAUUCGAGACACAAUCACUGCACUAUUGGGUCAACGAUACUCUAACGACGAAUUACUAUACUCUUGCCGAUAUCUGUGAUAAGGGAAAUGGCACGUAUACAUUCGAGGAAUCUAAAAGGCUUCGGGAGAGUCUGGAGCAUCGUCCAUUACAUCUUCCAGGACACAUCGUACUCUACAAACCAAUCCUGGCCUACAAUUACGCUAUAAUCAUGAUGAACAACGAGAGCAAUACAAGCAUCGACAUCCUUCGUCUAGCCAGCCAUAGACAAGAAGACCAAGUCCUCCACCGAGAAGACUUUAGUCGCAAAGGAAUGGAUCAAUCAUACAUCUACUUCACUCCAGAAAGAUGA